UCCUUCCUCUAUUGUUACGUUGUAACAAACCGGGGCAGAAGAGAGGCCCGUAGGGUCCUCGGGCCGACAGAUACUACACAUCAUUUUUUUUCUUUCUUCUUUCCUUCGGGGUGGAAAUAUAACGUUGCGAUUUGGCUAAACGUAGCGCAGAACACAACCACUUAUCCGGAGUGGAAAAACCCCGAAGUCUCGGCUCUAUUUGGUCUAUUUGGUUUUAAGGAUCACUUAAAUAUUUUAUCUGCAUUUAUUUGAUGCAUCUGCGCCGGGAUUAGUAAAUUUUUUUUAAUGAAAAUUGUCAUUGUCUGCCUUCGUCUGCCCCGUUUUUAAUUUUUACAGAGCUUGACUGCAACGUUGAAUGCCCGCAUAGCCUUCUUGAUACACAAAACCCCCAUUUAUAGUCUAUGGCAAGACUAAAAUCUAUUGUUUACGAUGCUUAAAUGUUCGGACACCACUAUAUCUUCGUGAAGAAACUGCUAUUUCUCUAUUGUUCUGUCCAUUUCGAUGGGCUGAAGUCGUUUUUGUCUGUCAUCUUGUAACCUUGUGGAAGUCUAAAGCUGAAAUAGGCUCAAAAUCCCCAAAGAAAAAAAAAAAGGUCUAAAUUAAGGAAGCACUGAUCGAGCGACAGCUUCGCCGGUUUAAAGGCUCUCUGUUUCUGCCUAAGACGCAGGGUUUCCAUGGAGACAGUGUCAUCUCGUGGCCUGAAGCGCAGAUUCGAGGAGGUGGACAGUGGCUCGCCGUGUUCCACACCCAAAGAUUCGGAUGAUGACAUCUCUUGCAGUGACAGCGCUGAUAGCUGCGACAGUCUCAAUGCUCCCUCCAGCUCUCUCACACCCCACUCCAUUCUCAGAAGACACAAAGCAUCUUUUGGUCGUAAGCAGGUACGCUUUGAUGCAGUGACAGUCUAUUACUUCUCCAGAAGGCAGGGCUUUACCAGUGUGCCCAGUCAGGGUGGCAGCUCCCUGGGCAUGGCACGCCAUCACUGUACUAUACGACAUUACACCCUUGGCGAGUUUGCACGAGAACAAGAGAGCAGCCACAAGCAUGUGCUGCGUCAACAUCUACGGCAAGAAAAACUCAAUGCUCGCAAGUUAAAGCUGACACGGAAUGGAACUGUGGAUUGCCCCGAAGCUGAGUUGCUUACCCUGGAUGACAUAUCCGAUGAGGAUCUGGACGUUGAGCGUGUAGAGGUAGACGAUUGCUUCUUCCUGCAGCCUCUUCCAACCAAGAGGCGUCGGGCACUACUGAGGGCCUCAGGAAUUGCCCGUAUAGAUGCCAGAGAAAAGGCUGAGCUGCGUUCCAUACGUUUGUCCCGGGAGGAAUGUGGUUGUGACUGCCGCUUCUACUGCGACCCUCGGCACUGCAGAUGCAGCCAAGCUGGAAUUAAGUGCCAGGUGGAUCGGAUGUCCUUUCCAUGUGGCUGCACCCACGACGGUUGUGGUAAUACAGCUGGCCGCGUUGAGUUCAACCCUCUUCGUGUGCGUACCCACUAUCUUCACACUAUCAUGAAACUUGACCUGGAAAAGAGAAGCCUGUUGGGUGUUAGGUCUGGAGGGGAUUGUGGGGAAGAGAUCGAGUUAGUCUCCUCGCCAUCUCUGUCUCUUUCUCCCUUGGACUCCGAUGUGGAGGUGGAAAGCCAAGGUGUUCAGGAGCUGCAAGAUGAGCAGUGCGACAGCCUGGAGCGAGAGAAUGAAACCGCUGUGCUUCAUCUACAGAGUGCGGAGGAAUGGGAAAGGAGACUGGAACAAGAAGAGCAUCAGGUCGAGGAGGCGCACACCUCUGAGCCAACCCUUUGCCUCCUGCAGGGCGCCCUUAACAGCCAAGCUGGGAUAGAGGGCAUGGAAGGUGUUGAGGGAGUCCUUCUAGAAGGGCCUUUUCCUGAAGGUGCCACCCUGCUGUGUAUUACAGAGAACCAUGCAGAUGAACAGACCGAGCAGAGGCUGCUCAAAGAUCCUGCUUCUGUCCUCUAUUAUCAGGUAGGUCAUGUAGAGACCGCAACCUUUGAGACACUUCCUGCGCAAGUAGAGGAGGUGGUGAGCGAAGGUGGGGAUCCAGAUAUGGAGAGUGAACGGCAAAAACAAGAAACCUGCAGGCAGGAUUCGGCCAAGAGCUUGUCUGUUGAAGUACCUCCACCUCUCGAGAAUGGGGACGAAGAACAACUUUGUCCUGAACAGGCCUCAAAUGAAAAGGAAAGCGCUGAGAAGUGCCUGUCACUGGAGGAAAAGGCAGUACAACUUCCUCCAGAAGUGUAGAGCCCAUCACCUCUGCAGAUGUUUUGCACAAGUUAGUCAUUAAAUUCAUAGAGAGCCUACUCCAAACAGUGCGAUAUGUUACAUGACUGCAUAAUGUUAUUACACGUUAAAGAAACAAGUUACCUUCAUGGGUUUGUAUCCAAUUUAGCUGGAGUUGAGCAUGUACUGUGUUUGAAGUAGGUUGUCCAUGGUAAAAUAAGUUAUUAAAAAAAUGAAAAAUAGAAUAAUUUAUAAAAAAAAAAUGAAAAAAAAAACUCAAGAAAAGCAGAGAUCCUGACAGCAAGUAUUUGUCUUUCUAAUAUGGUAUCCGUUUAUUACUUGAUGCUAGUGGGGAAAAAGUGGCCUUUAUGUCGAGGAACAAGCAUUUUCAGGAUUAUCCAGCGCCUUUGUAUGGAUUUUCCAGUUUGUAGAGUUUACGAUACUGCACUCCAACAACUAAAUGGCACCGUCAGGAAUGGUACAUACUGAAGCUUUGCUCAUGUGUUCAAAUUACCACAGUUAUGAGAUGAAAACUCUCAGCUGUUCAUACGGUUUCUGUAACGAUGCUCAUAACGCCAAAAUUUAUUCACGCACAGCUUUGUUGCUUAUAACAACAACAACAAAAAAAAUCACUACAUUAACCUUGGAAUGGACCUUUUAUAAAAUUAAUAGGUUCAAGAGUUGUAAUUGCUAAAUAUUCCAAAGGCUUUGAAUAGUUUUUAAUACUUGGAAUCCUAUAAUAGUGGGAAUUCUUCCAGGACGUGAAUACAACAUUAGUAAUAAGCAUAUGGAUAAUGCUAACUAAAGGGGUUGCUAAUUUUAGAAGAGGGUGUUGUUUGUAGCAUCCUUCCUGUGAAUAGACCCAAGAAUCCAGGAAAUACUUGGUUUUCAUGUACUGUACAAGUGCUUUGCUAAGAGCUAGCAUGAAGAUGAGUGAAAAAGCUACUUGUUCUCUGUAUGCACGUUGAAAACUUGAUUUGUUUGAAGUUGCUGAGAGGGGAUCGGGAAGAUUAAUAAAUGUGCAAUCCAUCUGCACAGUAGUUCUUUACUGAUUUAUCAUAGUCUUGACCUGACACCAUUUGAAGCUAUAGCCUAACGUCCCAAUUCAUGGACAUUUAUUUAUUUACCACCGCUUUGUAUUGUUAGGGCGAGGACAAGGAGUAUUGUCAUCUACAAUCAUUUUUACAACAAUAACAACAGAAAUAAGAACGUUGGGUGAAAAUCUGUUUAAUUUACAAUGACACAAUGCAAACAUUUACUUUAGAUUUUUAAAAUGUAAUUGCUUAUUUUGUGCAAAAAUUAUGCACUGUGUUGUUCUUAACAUAUUUUGUGAGAUUGUCCCAUAUAAUUUUAACAUUUAAACCCAGUACUUAAAAUCCAAGGUGAUCUUAUACAUCAUGUAGGCAUUUAUGUGCUGUAUGGCAAGUCAAAGAAGAUCUUGAGGAGACUAUAUAUUGUAAUUUUGAUUUACUCAUUAGCCUUUUUAGUUCAUCUCACUACUAGGGCCACAGUUUUUAGUUUUAAGUUAGGCUGAUUAUAAUUUUGUAAACAUUGCACCUCAUUUUAAAUGUCCAAACCCACAUUUAAACUAUGUGAAGGCCAUCUAUCGCACCUCUUUAUCCUUCCUCUUCUUUUCUGUUGUAUUUUUAUAGUCCAUUCCUCUCUCAUCCCUUGUUUUAGAAUAUGGAUAAUGUUAAGUUUGUAAAACAAUUACUUAAGAUACUUUCUGUUAAAGUUGUUUCUGUUCAAUUCGGUUUAAUUUUAAAGACAAAGUAGUCAUAUGAUUGGUUACAUAAAAAAUGAUGUCUUCAAUAGUAUGAGUUUUGUGAUGUUGAUAAAUUAUUUAAAUGUAAGGAACCCAAGAAAAUUGUCCUUUUGCAGUAUGUAUGAGUGUUUGUAUGUGUGCCAGAAAGAUUCAUGCUGAUUUGUGAGAUGAACCUGUUUUUAAGUGCAGUAUGAGGUCAUCAUAUUUCAAACCGUGCUCUUAUUUUAGUUUUUGCAUAUUAAUAUUAACACUAUAUGUAGAAUAUAUGUAGAGAGAGAGAAAAAAGAGACGUUAAAAAUCCACACAGUUGGUUGUAAAUGCAAAUGUUGCUGUUAUCGCACUGCUUCAAGUUUACUCAUCCUUACAACACCCUUAAUUCAUGAGUAAAGGAGAUGCUUCAUUAUGUGAUCAUAUUAGCUAAAAUAGAGCAUUUGAGGUUAAUCAUGAAUUUGUUAGCAUGAUUGCAUCCUCAUAUGACCUAACAUUGUAAAGCAUUAAGGUUGAUUCAAAUCUAAAUCUGCAAUAAUUUUGCAAAUGACCAAUCAAACGAGAAGUAUUUUUUUUCUUUUAUAGUUUUUCUUAAUUCGUUUUUGCCUCAUUGUAUGUUAUCAUGUCUCUUUGUUUCAGUUUACUGAAUUAUCUUAAUGUAUAGGCUAUGUGUGUUUUAUUUCUGUUUUUAUGUUGAACAUAAGAAAAAUACGCCACCUGCACUCAAAUUAGUUUGUAGCAGUGUCUGAGCUAGAAAUGGACUUGUCCUUAAAAAUGGUGGUCGAAGGGCCUGAUUUUGACCAAACUGAGACUCUUGUUUGUUGUUCAUAUUUUUGACAUAAUUAUGAACAUCCACCCGUCCAUUGGUCUAAAACCCAAUGCCUUUAAAAGGAGGCUUGAAUGUUGCACGUGCUAACGUAGCUGUAAUGCUAAAUAUCUUUUUAGUCAGAUGUAUUUUUUUGUUUUCCAUAUCACCUCAUUUUUAAGAACUCAGAUUUGAGACCACUACAGUAACUGAACUUACAUUAUGGCAGUAUGUGAUUAUUUGUUGUGUGUGUGUGUGUGUGUGUGUUAGAGGUGCUGUACAGCAUCUAAUAAGGCUGAAUGGACGUGAAUUGUACGCUGUAAGAGUGACUUAUGCUAACUGUUGCCUACAGAGGAGAUAAAACAUACAAAGUUUUAUAUGAAAAUGUGAGUGAAAUAAAAUCUAAAAUAAAGAAAA